GUUUAUAUUAGUCAACCCUUUUCAGUCCGGUAGUCAAUACAUUUGGAGCACCGAAAGUCGGAGAGUGCUGUGUAAGAACUUUAGGCAUCAACAGCUCGCCACUUGUCCGCCAGUCAGAUCCGGGCCAGGAUCAGGAUCAAGUGGCGAUGGAGAGGCGAAGGCCCCGAAAAUCCUCGCGCCAUUUCUUGCGCUCCAAAUCGAAUCCAUCUGUUGGCGGGGGAGGAGGAGGCGGAGGAGGUGGUCCGUCAUCAGCCACCUCUAGAGUGAGUUCCCAACAGCCAGAUGGCAAUGGAACCCCCACCAUCACAUCCCUCCUCGGCGGACGUCUAAAGCGAGUUUCCCGCAUCACCAGAGCUCCGCGGGGCAUGCAUGUGACCGAAAAUCCCGAUGAAGGUGGUGUGGCAGUCGCACCGAUUAGAGAUUCCGAGCAAUCGGAGGGCUCGGAUGUGAAUCCCGGAGUGAUGGUCGCUCCAGCGUCGGCAAGUCCCCGGGGAUCGGCUGUGCACGGGCCACUGGUAGGUGUGGCGUUCGGCAGCAAUGCAAGAAAUUCGGAAAGUCCCCGGAUAUCGGAGGAGGUGGAGGAGGUCUUCAGAACCUCCUCCCAGCGCUCUGUAUCCGUGGUGGGAACGGGCAAUCUGCGCUUCGAUUCCACUCCAGAUGCUCGUGAUGAAUCCACUAUGGGCAAUAUCAAUUUCGCACCGAAUUCGUACUACGAAGAGAACAGGCAUAGUAGCAUGGAGUCCAAUGAGUCCAAUGGCAACCGGGCAGACAGUACCCCGAGCCUAGGAGCCUGCAGCCAUGGCUGGACGCAGCAGCAACUGCAGCCCGCCUCAGGACACGGCGGCCGGGACACUUUGGGGUUUGCCAUCCAUCUGGGCACCGCCACUAUGGGUCACAAUCGAUGCAGUUUGGGAGUUAAUUGUGAUGAGGAAUGCGGCUAUGGGACAGGGUGCGAUGCUGGAUGCAGUGACGCCCAUGGCAUCGAUCCCGGAAGCUUCGCCGUACCAAGACCGACAGAUCCCGGCCCGACGUUGGUAAUGUCACAGGGACCGGGAGGUCCACCUGUAAACAGCGCCCUGCGUGGUGCUCAUGGACCAGCAGUGGGUCCUGCUGGAGGAUAUCCCGCUGGAGGAGGCUAUAAGCCGGGACCCCCUGGACAGCGGGGAUCCAUGGGGUCAGAUUUCGGCACUGAUCAGUUGAACUUCUUUAUUACCUUCCUGCUGGAGGUCCUCGGCGUUCUAGUAUUCUUUGCCAUCUGCACCAUUACAUUCUGGAUCACUCUGGGCUACCAUGUCGUCCAGUUGCUGGUGGACCUGAAGAACGCCGAUCGCAACGUUCAAGUAGCGGUGGCCAUUGUAUUCGGGCUGCUGCUCAUCGCGUUCGCCAUUUCGCAGGUGACCAACCGCAGUGGUGCCUGCUGUCAUUCACGGGAUCGAGCCCGUUCCAGAUCCAAGGGCGGUGGCAUUUGCCCGUUCCACAGGUCCACCAAGACCAAGGCGAAGGCCAAGCCCAAGAGUUGUGGCUCAAGAACCAAAAGUUGUGCUUACAAGCCAAAGAACAAGAAGGCGCCAAACGAUGGAGGUGGCAGCAGGAGGGCGAGCACUUGCGGAGCCAAAAUGGAUUUCCACUCGCACCGAAAGACUCGCUACACCGACUGCGAAGGACGGGCCAUUUUCCUGAGCUCCAGGCGAUAUGCGAUACCUACAGAGAUGAAGCAGCCGCCCACCAUUGUGCUUUGGCUGCGUGACGCGGUGGCCCAAAUGAUGCGAUAACCAUCAAGGAUCCACUGCCCCACGUUGGGCGCCAGAAACAGAACACCUAAGUACAAAUUACUGCAGACUGACUGGGUGUAUUUUCUACAAGCUACACGGUACAUAUUCGAAAAUUUGUUUCAAAAUUGCAGGUUCA